GGUAACCUGAUUCCCAAGGCAACUGUUGCCACCGCAAAACACUCAGUGAACGCACAGGCAAGUCACAGGUUAAUGUCUAACUAGUGCCGCCACAGUAAUUUGCUAUAUUUACAUUCGGUAGCUGUGUGAUGAUUGACUAGAAAUCUUAAUUGCAACUUUAAGGAGAUAAUUAAAUUGUGCAGGAUUUGACACUUUGGAAAGUUUCAUUCCACCGAGACGAACAGAAGAAACGGCUUGAACUUCAAAAUGAGACUACCAGCCAUCUCCAUAGCUUCCACACCAGUGUGGAUUCCUCACAACACACUUCCUGUCCGGCAGAGUCGCAGCCUGGCGGUCACCCCCGUGACAUUUCCCAGCAUCUCGGACUCUGCUCGGCUGUGGACGAGCUGUCAGAGUAUUCCAAGACUGAACCCUUUGCAUCCACCGUUGGUCCAUAAACGCACCGUCAGUCUGGAGACGCCAGCUGUUCACCACCACAACCACCAGAGGUCAAUACUCAUGCAGAGGAGAGAGUACCACGGGUAUCAUCAAGUGUGGAGAAAACCUUUUUAUGGAACCAGCAGUGAGAGAGAGGACUACAGGAAGGAGACGCGUGAGCAGUUAAAGAGGCAGAUGGAAGAGAAACAUGUAGCACUGAAGCUGCAGCUGGCCGGCAACGCGAAGGAAGCAGAGUAUCUACGGGAAGUGGACCGCCUCGACCUGUCCGGUGAGAGAGAGCUGAGGACCCAGCACAGCAAAGCAAUGACGGCUUACAGAGACGAGAACAAGAGGCUAAUGGAGCAGAGCUGGAGGGACAGAGCACUAACGCGCUCCCAGGAGACCCUGAAGGAGAGAGAGCUGCUGGGCCUCAACCCCAUUAACUGGAGUGGAACACUGAAAUAGGAUGAACCUCAACAUCCACAGUCAAAAGCUCGGUUUCACGCCUCGCUGGAGCACUCGAGCGUACGAGUGACAACAUGAAACUGGGAUGCAACACAUUUAGAACAUGUAAUUAGUGCUGUGAAAGCUACGGAGGGAACUUGAGGUGUUUGGAGGAUGUUAUUGUAAACUGGGAGGAACCAGAUGAAACCGUCCAGCAUCCCUCUGAAUAUACAAGAAUGGUGAUUUAUCUCCUAUCUUACAUUAUAAGGGUUGUUUUAAUCACUGCUGUGGGUUUCAAUACAGUGAAUCCGUGAGUAUUUAUAUAUUAGUAUUACACCAAUUGACUGUUCUUUUGUUGUUAAGUAUCAAAAUCGAUGCAGCAGAACCAGAGAUAGUCAUUUUUAUUUUGUGCCUUUUUUCUUCAUCAUUAAAACCUGGUGCCUACAUUACCCACAAUGCAACCUGACCAUCAACAGUUCUGUUUGAGAUUAGAGUGUAGCCUUGAGCUGUUAGCCUCAAGCAGAGAUGAGGA